GACAUCACUGCCGAAGAUACUCCCCGCUCUCAGUGCCUGCCUUCGCGAGGCGUCCGUCCGUUUGUCCGUUUCCUUCCGUCCGCUGCUGGAGACGGCUCUUCGCCGGCCGGGGACAGAGCCAGGCGCCGCGGAGCGACAGGACCCGGAGGAGGAGGGAGAGCAAAGGCAGCGAGGGAAGGAGGACCCCGGCAGGCGACAGCAUGAAAUUCAGCCCAGCGCACUACUUGCUGCCUCUCCUGCCGGCGCUGGUCCUCAGCACCAGACAGGACUAUGAAGAGCUAGAAAAGCAGCUGAAAGAAGUCUUUAGGGAACGAAGCAACAUCCUCCAUCAGCUGACAAAGACAUCAAGAGAACUUGGUGGAAUUAAAGUCAACUUUCAGUCUUUGAAAAAUGAUGAGAAAUCUUCCAAAACUGAUGUUGAGAAGCUUCUGGAAAUAGGUCAAAGACAAAGAGAACAAAUGAAGUCUCUCCAGGAGGUCCUGCAAAAUCAACUUAAAGAGACAACUGAGAAAGCAGAAAAACAACAAGCUACUAUUAAUUUUUUAAAGACUGACAUGGAAAGAAAGAGUAAAAUGAUCCGAGAUCUCCAGAAUGAGAAUAAAAGCUUGAAGAACAAACUCUUGUCAGGAAGCAAGCUGUGUGGCAUCCAUGCAGAAGAGUCAAAAAAAAUCCAAGCCCAGCUGAAGGAGCUUCGUUAUGGGAAGAAGGAUUUAUUAUUUAAGGCUCAACAACUUACUGAUCUGGAACGAAAAUUAGCUGUGGCCAAAAAUGAGCUGGAGAAAGCAGCUCUUGACCGGGACUCACAGCUAAAAGCAAUGAAAGAGACUGUACAUCUCUGCCUGUCAACCGUGUUCCGUAAUCAACCUCCCCCUUUAAGUCUAAUGAGGCCAAAUCCAACUCAGCUGCCAAUUCUACCUGGGACACUUGGCCCUGUGAUUCCUGAUGCAAGUUCAAAAUUCCAGCCUCAGCAAACCUAUCCUGAAAGAAAUGAGAGCUCUCACGUUGAGAUAACAAAGGAAGAAAAUCCCAACACCACUGAGUGCAAUUCUCAAAAUGUUUUACAAGAUGGCAGGACCUGCUCAACAAAGCACAAAAAUAUUCCCCUAAUCAAUGCCACUAAAGAGCCAGUGACUGCCCCAAAGAAACUGCAAAUGCCUCCUUGUACUGAAUGUGAGGUGAAAAAAAACCCGGAAAAACAAUUGACCAACUUUGAAGGGAGGGCAACUAGAGAAGAAAAAAUACUGUAAAUAUCAAGAAACUGUGUUAAAAACAUCCACUUAUGAUUGUCUUCAUACUCUUUUUCAACCACAGGCUUGGUGGAAAUACUAAGUUUUUAAAGCAUGCAACUUUUUCACAAUUUUCUGUAACUUUAUAUAAAGUAGUCUACAAAUUUUCCAAAAGAUUCCAGGCCAAUUAUGAUCCUUAAGCAAUAACCUAAUUAAAAUGGAUAUCCACAGUCAUAAAUAGUCAUUGUCAUCAGUAAAUUGCCCAGCAUAAAUUGGCCAGUUUUGAACUCAAAUGCAGUGAACAACAUUUAAUUCUUCUGGUUCAUUGGGUACCUAGUACUUCUAUGAUCUAGUUUUGAAAUCAACUGGAGGAUGAUAAAAAUUUUGUGGAUCCUUGGCAUUUUUAGAAUCCAAAUUUCAACCAUAUCAUAAAGAUUCUGUUCCACGUUGCCCAAUGGGAGUUCCUUUAAGGUUGGAAUCUGUGUCAGUCUGAAUAUACUAUUUAAGCCAUUCUUUUUAUUGUUUGGAACCAUGUCUAAAUAAUGUCAAGGCACUUCUGUCUGAUUUUUAGUCAGUUAACAGAAUUCAUUAAACAUGUUUGGUAUGAUGUAGACAAAAUACGUGGAUGAAUGACUAAAUUUCUGACACAAUUGAUAAGAUCUUUUUUGGCAUUCUAUAGGCACAUCCCUAUGGUUAUCUGCUGGAAUUAUUCCAAGUUAGGAAUUGAGUUCUUUGAAAUGCUUGGCAAGAUUUUUUUGUGUGUGAAAUUGGGUAGUGGAAUGUGGGAUGACAAGAGGGUUGCAAAACAGAAAUAUGUGAGCAGAUAAUACACAUUUUAAAAUGGGGAUUUGAUGAAAGUAAAACAGCCAUGUAGAACCAAUAAACCCAGAUUUGUAUAUUUUGAAAACAAAUGUAUUAUUAAAACAAGUCAACAGCUGUGAUCAUCGCUGAAGUUGGGUCUCUGUGUAAGAAUACACUAAUCAGAUAAGUGCACUCCUGAAUAAUCUGAAUGUAGCUCACAAGCAACAGGAAUUGAUACGUGAAUAAUUGUCUGAUUGAUAGGAUUGGUAUAGCAUCAGACUUAAAGACUCAAAUUAAUGGGUUAAAUGAUCCAGUUAGGUUGUCUGCACUGAAUAUAUUCAUUUCUGCUGGCUAGAUCCAUUUUGCAAACGCACAAAGCAUAUAAAACAGUUGGUUUUAUAGAAUGGAUCUGCCAAGCCACAGUUACUAUAUUUGGAGCACUGUAUCCUGGCAGGCUAUCUUAGGAGAUAUUGUUAAUUUAAGAAAGGAAAGGAGGGAAGAAGGG